AUGGGCCGAAAACAUUGGUACAUUUGUACAUUGGUUCAUUGGUUCUUUGGUUCCAUCUAUGCCACGCAGCAUACGAUGCAUCGAAAACAUCUCGGCCAAAGCCCUGAAUCAGGGACCCGCUGCGGCGAAGUCGGGCUAAGCUCGCGAUCUCGCAAAGUUUCCGAGUAUUUGAGGGGGCUAAUGGCCAUGCUCGUUUGCCGGUGUUUGGUUGGCGAGCCUUACGUCGUCCACGACCCCGGUGAUGCGGUCACCGAAGCCAAAGCACUGGGCAUGGACUGCGUGGUGGGCGACCGUGAGUCCAAGGUGGGCACCUAUCGAGAGUUCAUCUUCUUCGACGAGCGCCAGGUCUACCCGGAGUUCGCUGUCAUCUACCGCCGACAGUAUGAAGUGAGCAAGGUUCCAUCGCUGAUGCGCAAGAAGACCUCUGGAACGACUGGCCGCAACUGGCAGGUUCAGUUGGACAAAGGCUGGACCAAUGUGCCUCCGGACGUGAGCUCGGAGCUGACUCGCGCGGAGAGCAUGGGCGUGAAGCAGGUGGAGCGAAAGAUCGGCGAUUUCACGUACGUCUUCGACUUGGAGAAGAAGCUUCAGCUCAACACGGCCUCCGGGAAGAGCCGCAAGAUUCGGCGGCCCAUGCGCUCGUGA